AUGCCGUCGUCAUCAUCGUCUACCACUGGAAGAUCGAGAAGGAGGGUGUGUUUGCUAAGACAACCCAGUCGUGAGGAUGAUUACGAAGGGCCAAGAAAGUAUUGCCAUCAUAGGAUGGUGGCACCCAAAUGGACGGCAUGGACAAAAGCGAACCCGGGGAGGAGGUUUUAUGGGUGUCAUUACUAUGACCAGGAUGGUGGGUGUGGAUACUUUGCUUGGCAUGAUGCUAAGUUCGGUGAGAGGGUUAAUACUGUGAUUAAAGAGCUUCUGGACAAUAUUGACAAGCUAUACGAUGAGAAUAGUGAGCUUCAAAGAGGCAAUGAUGGGCAAAGCUGUUUGAUGAGUUGGCUGCAAUGCGAGGUGAAAUGA